GCCAGUCAAUUACUUCUUUAACUGAUUGUUGAUCAUGUAGUUAAUGUCUUUUUCUAGUCCCCCGAAAUGAUCACCAAAUGCAGCAAUCGGAGAAACCUGUGAGAGGUGUGAACAUGAGAAAUUAAAAUCGCUUCGGCGUGUGUCAGUAUUUUCGACUAAAUAUUGUUGGAUUAACCUUGACACCCUCAUCUGCUCCCCUCUCCUCGUUGAUGAGCUAACGCAAACUGUCACGUUGAACCAACUUUCCUCAGUAGUUACCACUAUGGCUGUGGCAAGCACCACCAAGACGUCGUGGCGAUUGCAUGAGUUUUUGGCCCAUUCCAGCAAUCUCUCCUGCCUGACUCUGGGGAAGAGCUCUGGUCGUCUACUGGCUACUGGGGGAGAGGACUGCAGAGUCAACAUCUGGGCUGUCAGCAAACCCACCUGUAUCAUGAGUCUGACAGGUCACAGUAACACAAUAGAAUCCAUACAAUUUAACAGUUCAGAAGAACAGGUAGCAGCUGGAUCACAGUCUGGAUCACUACGGGUCUGGGAUCUGGAGGCUGCCAAGAUUUUACGGACUUUGAUGGGACACAAGGCCAAUAUAACCAGCCUGGACUUCCAUCCAUAUGGGGAAUACUUGGCCUCAGGCUCUAUGGACACCAACAUCAAGCUUUGGGAUGUGAGGAGAAAGGGCUGUGUGUUCAUGUACAAGGGCCAUGCUCAGGCAGUGAGGUAUCUGGCUUUCAGUCCAGAUGGGAAGUGGUUGGCAUCUGCCAGUGAUGACAGCACCAUAAAGCUAUGGGACCUGACAGCAGGGAAGAUGAUCACAGAAUUCACCGCUCACACUGCAGCAGUCAACAUUGUCCAGUUCCACCCCAAUGAGUAUUUGCUGGCCUCUGGCAGCUCAGAUAGGACAAUCAAGCUGUGGGAUCUGGAGAGGUUCAAGAUGAUUGGCUCAGAGGGAGAGGCUGGGCCAGUCAGAUGCAUCUUCUUCAGCCCAGAUGGCUGCUGUUUGUACAGCGGGGCUGUGGACUGCCUGCGUGUGUACGGCUGGGAGCCAGACCGCUGCUUUGACGUGGUGCCAGUGGGUUGGGGGAAGGUGGCAGACAUAGCUGUCUGCAAACAGCAGCUGAUUGGUGUGUCACACAAUCUGAACAACGUGUCUUCAUAUGUGGUGGAUCUGACAAGGGUGAAGAAGGCUGGCAGCUCUGUGAUUCAAGGGGUUAUCCAGGAUGACCAGCCACUCACAGAGCCCUCUCCAAAGCAGUCCACUCUGCGACGGAACUACGAGCGACCCAUGACCACCUGUAGCACUCAGAGGGUAAAAAAGAGUUUGGAGGGUGACAGGCGUAGCCCUGAGGGUGAGAGACGGAGCCCCAGCAGUGAGGACGAGAAGGAGUCAAGCGCGGAGAUCCGCAAUGCCGAGGACUACAAAGAGAUCUUUCAGCCAAAGAACGCUAUCUCACGUACCCCUCCCAAGAUGAGUGAGCCCUUCCCUGCACCCCUGGAGGAUGAGAGCUUUGUGGUGAAAGCCUGUCAAGUUAGGGAUUUUGAGACACCUGUACCUGACAAGCAAAUGCCCGGCCAGUUGAAGAACCCCCCGAUAGCCUCAUCAACCCCUGUCCAGAGGGUGGAGCCCACUUUUGUUUCUUCUGGGCCUCUCCCCAUCCCCACAGCAGCCACCCCAGCUGUCCGACCUUCCAUCUCAAAUGCCCUUCCCCCCCGCCCAUCAGCUCAAGCUGCUGCCGCUGCACCAAAGACCAAAUCACACCCAAACAUCAUCCUGUCCACCAGGAAUGAGCCAAUAGGACUCAACGUGGCAGAUUUCCUACCAGCUUCAACCAACAACCGUCCAAGUGUUUUGGGUGAUGAGGAGGCUCUGUCCCAAAUCAAGAAGGGACACGACACCAUGUGUGUGAUGCUAACGAGCAGACACAAAAACCUGGAGACUGUACGAGCUGUGUGGGGCAGCGGAGACGUCAAGACCUCCCUGGACACCGCUGUUUCCAUGAAUGACCUGUCCAUUGUCGUAGACAUUCUCAACAUUGUCAACCUUAAACCGUCACUAUGGAAACUAGACUUGUGCACAUCCAUCCUUUCUCAGAUAGAGGAGUUACUGCAGAGCAAAUAUGAGAGUUAUGUGCAGACGGGCUGCAUGUCAUUGAGGCUGAUCCUGAAACGCUUCUGGCCCCUCAUCUCAGACACACUCAAAGCACCACCAUCUGUUGGUGUGGAUAUCACACGAGAAGAGCGACAUCAGAAGUGCAAGGCUUGUUAUAAACAGCUGAAAAACCUGAGCAACGUGGUCAAAAACAAGGCAGAUCAGGUGGGCCGCCACGGCAGUGCCUUCAAAGAACUGCAGCUGCUCAUGGCUCCACUGGACUUCUAAUACCAGCUGGAUAAGUGCUGUGUUGACCCAAGAUGUUACUCUUAGUGAGUGACCUGGACCUAGACACAUGUGCUGUUGUGAUUGCCUCCCCUCACUUCCUGAAUGAUCAAGUCACUUAAAAAGCAUCAGGAUGAACUGGUGGAACGAACUCACGGGUUUUGCUGGAUUUGAGAACAAUCCACUCAGAUGCAGCUGAAGAAUCCCACGUCUGGAGAAGCUGCCUACUGAAACAACUCCUUUUGUAUUGAAGCUCUGAGCACUAACCCUACACUGGGUUGUCAAUGAGACACUUUGAUCCAAGGCAAUGUCCAACCAUGUGCCAUCAAGCCAGCCAUGUAUAUAACAGAAUUAAUACUAAUAACUGAAAUCAGUCGGUGUAUUCUUUGAUUAGAAUAAUUCCUGCAUACAUGAACCUCAAAAGGUACAUGGUUGGACAUCGCUGAUCCAAGGCCUUACACAGAAUGGGUUUGUGAGAUGGACUUCAUGUAUGAAUAUUUUUAAUGUACGAAAAUGUUUUACAUGCAAGUCAUCGAACAGGUUUGUUUUACCUUGAACAAGGACAGUCAAGUGGCCUAACAAGUCAACUAUUAUGUUAACUUUGAC